CCGGCGAGGGGAGAGCACCGGCACCCUUUCCAAAAAUGCCCCGGAAGUGCCUCCGCCCUCAGUAAAGAUGGCCGUAGCACUUGGCAAGUGGGAGGCGGGGCUGCGCCUGCGCCACAAGUUCGGCGGGGAAGAUGGCGGAUGACAAGGAUUCUCUGCCCAAGCUUAAGGACCUGGCAUUUCUAAAGAACCAGCUGGAACGCCUGCAGCAGCGUGUAGAAGACGAAGUCAGCAGUGGUGUGAGCCAGGAUGGCUCGCUCAUGUCCUCCCCAUUCCUCAAGGGCUUCUUAGCCGGCUAUGUGGUAGCCAAACUGAGGGCAUCCGCAGUAUUGGGCUUUGCUGUGGGUACCUGCACUGGCAUCUACGCAGCUCAGGCAUAUGCCGUGCCCAAUGUGGAGAAGACAUUGAGGGACUAUCUUCGGUCAUUGCGAAAGGGGCCUGACUAACUCUGGAUCCCAUGGGGGAGGAAGGAU